ACUAAGCAUAUCAAUUUGUCGUUCGUGUUAAUUCAACAAAUAUAAAUCUGUAAGCAUUCUUAACACAUUAAAGGGAAGUAGGAGUGAAAUCAAUAAAAAUGUCAAAAAUUUGCCCAAAUUGCAAGAAGAUGGUUUAUUUUGCUGAGAAGGUGGCAUCUCUUGGCAAACAUUGGCACAGAGCAUGCCUUCGAUGUGAAAAGUGUAAGAAAACUUUAUCAGCUGGUGGACAUGCAGAGCACGAAGGAAAGCCGUAUUGCCAUGUUCCGUGUUACAGCGCCUUAUUCGGACCUGGUGGUUUCGGACACGGAGGAGCAGAAUCGCACGAUUAUUCGAAAGAACGCGACCCCAAUUCUGUCCAAGUCAUGCAGUAGUUUACUAAACAUAACAGAAGCGAGUGGAGUGCAAUGUAAUGUUAUAAAAAUCUCAACCUGUAUUAUUUUCUUUUAUUUAAAAAAAAAUUGUUUUGAAUCUCUAUUA